CUUGAAAAGCAGUGACUUGGGCACACCUCUGCUUGUAAAGACACAGAACCUGAGCUCUAUGUCCCUAUGAAUCCCAUCCAGGCUCGAAAGGGCCUUUCUUUAAGCGGGAUGACGAGAGGGAUUCCGAGGUGACCCACAUGGGCUCACCUUCACCAGGAAACCAGCUGGCUGCUUUCUGAAGGGCUCUGCUGUUCGUUUCCCGGCAAAAGACUCCAGAAACCCCCCCUGCACGUGGAGGAAAAUCGAGCCCUCUCAUGCCCUAAUAUGGACCUGUUCCUGUCUUUCACCGUGUUGCCUUCAGGUGCAUUAAGAGCGUCUGGGAUUUAGAGCUGCUCAAACACGUUAUCACCUAAAAACCGAGGAGGAAGUAAGCGUUAGCCUAAUCAGCUGUUACCAGUCUUUGGAGGUUUCCCGUGUGACGUCACGCUCCCAGAACGGAGUGCCUUCUGCACGGUCGGCGAAACGUACAUGCCACACGCGAACGCACCACGAGGGCCUUGGUUCUUUAGUUGAACGAGAUCGUUUAAAAUAAACCGAAACCGAAAGAAGACCCACAGCCUGAAUCAUGUUGCGUCACCAUCAGACUAAAACCAGCUGAGGGCCCGGAGGAGCGGCUCAGUACACGCUGCUCUCCCAGCAUCACCGAGCCUGGUCCUGGGCAGGAGGAGCUCUGCGGACCCGCUCCGGAGGGUGGAUAAUCAGCUCUGCACGCAUGAUCCGAGACCCAUCCUGCAGGAGGGCAAGCGUCUCAGGGCCAGGAGGGGACUAGAGAUGCCCCUGCUGUUCAUGGACACCGGGUACGAGCCCAGCAGCCCCGGUGGCUCCUUGUCAGCAGAGGAGUGCAGCAGACCGGACAGGGACGGAGAUGGACGACCCCGAGGGACAAAAAGACGACAGAAGAACAGAGACGCGGCGAGGAAGAGCCGCAGGAAACAAACCGAGAGGGCCGAUGAACUCCAUGAGGAGUUCCAGCAACUGGAACGAGAGAACUCCGCUUUACUGAAGGAGAUCGCUCUGCUUAAGAAAGACGUCCAGCGGUACGAGGCGGCGCUGGAGCAUCACAGACCUCACUGCCGCCUCGUAGGCUCCUGCUCACCUGCUGCUGACUGCAAAGCCAGUCCCAGUCCUCCUCUGGCUCCAAACUCCUGUACACCUCCGCUCUCUACCUCCUCACACGCCCAAGUGGCUUUUCAAGCCUUCGGCUACACAGAGCAGCUUGAUCUGCCGUCGUCAGCUCCUGCUGCAGCAUCUACAAAAGGACCAGCCUCCUCUUCAUCAUCAUCCUCCCCUUCCUGCUCUUUGCUGGUACCUUAUUCCGCCUCCUUCUCAUCGCAACCAGCUCCUCACUCCUUGUUUAGUGACCCGCCCGUUCCUCCCCCUUCAGCUCGGCUCCAGGCGGACUCGAUUCAUGAACGUUUAGCUGGAGACGCGUUUGUAGCUAAACUGGACUCCUCCUUUGCUGCUUCAUCUAAAGAACAGCCCCCUGUUUCCCUGUUGGGGUCUGACAGCUCGCGUGUAGCUAAGCCACGUUGUCCCGUGUACCACCCCCGGCUUUAUCCAUGCCACCUUAGCGGAAACCCAAACAGCACAGCUGCACCUUUACGACCACCUCCUCCUCAGUAUCAUCAGGCUGUCUCGGGCCUCGGGCCUUCUGCUGCUCGUUACGACCAGCCUGAGUCCCUGCUGUCCAUGCUCACUGUCCCCAGUCCUCUAGGUGUCCCUCCAGCUACCUCUUGCAGUUUUGACGGGUCUCUCUUCCAGCCAGCACCAGCACCUCUACUGGAUCCUUCCAAAGACUACUCCCUAUCUGAGUUCCUGGAAUUCAACGACUGGAUCCUGAGUGGGACUGGUAACCAGUAGUAUGAGACCAGACCCCCAUCAGAGUCCUGCACUAAGAAAACUGUCAUGUAGAUGUUCUUCUUUACAAAGCAUGAUGCAAUAGUUUAGAACCACCUCAUUUCCCAGCUUUGCUUUCAGAUCCUUCGUAGCUGGUCUGUGGAUCUUAACAUGAAACUAUGUGUGGAAAACUUAAACUAAUGCUCAGUGAGCCGAAUUCUCAUUAUAGGAAAGUACAACUAAGCUUGAAUAAGUCGGAAACUGAAUCAAAAAAGCAAAGAACAAAAAAAAAAAAAAUCUGAUUCUGCCAUAACUUCCUGUUUCUAGAGGAAGUCCCUGUUGGUUCUGAACCACACAGAAAUCCCAACAAUACCACUGAUGCUGUGAAAAUUAUCUGUUUCUUAAAGUCAGUCAGUUUUUACAAUAAAACUGACUCUUCGUCGUCGUCUUCCUCCAUUUAUCCGGGUCCGGGUCGCGAGGGCAGCAUCCCAACUAGGGAGCUCCAGACCGUCCUCUCCCCGGCCACCUCCACCAGCUCCUCCGGCAGGACCCCAAGGCGUUCCCGGACCAGAUUGGAGAUGUAACCUCUCCAACGUGUCCUGGGUCGACCCGGGGGUCUCCUGCUGGCAGGACAUGCCUGAAACACCUCCCCAGGGAGGCGUCCAGGAGGCAUCCUGACCAGAUGCCCAAACCACCUCAACUGGCUCCUUUCGAUCCGGAGGAGCAGCGGUUCUACUCCGAGUCCCUCCCGAAUGUCCGAGCUCCUCACCCUAUCUCUAAGGCUGAGCCCGGCCACCCUACGGAGGAAACUCAUUUCGGCCGCUUGUAUCCGCGUUCUCGUUCUUUCGGUCAUUACCCAAAGCUCAUGACCACAGGUGAGGAUUGGGACGUAGAUCGACCGGUAAAUGGAGAGCCUGGCUUUCUGGCUCAGCUCCCUCUUCACCACGAAAGAUCGGCUCAGCGUCCGCAUCGCUGCAGACGCCGAACCAAUCCGCCUGUCGAUCUCCCGAUCCCUCCUACCCUCACUCGUGAACAAGACCCCGAGAUACUUAAACUCCUCCACUUGAGGAGCAUAAAACUGACGCAACAUACAAGACUUUGGUAACACUUUAUUAAUGCUACUUAUUAAAGAGCAAGUCACCCCCCUACCAGAGUCUAACUCCACUCCCAUUUCCUGUUUGAAAAAUGCCACACAAGCGGCAUUGCCUGGCAGACAAACACACACACACACACUCUCAGCAGCAUUUUGACAUCAUAUGGAGCCAGCUGACUUCAUAGGGUACCCCUUAGCCUAGGGGUAGGUAACCCUGGUCCUGCUUGUUUUCCAAUUAUCCUUGUUGUUCCUGCUGUUGAUUACCUGGAUCAGGUGUGUUCAGCCAAUUAGAAGCUGCAAGUUCAUGCGUGGCUGGAAACGUGCAGGACUGUGGCUCUCUGGGACCUGGGUUGCCUACCCCUGUCUUAACCAAUAGCAAUGGCAGAUUAAAAUUCAAAUGUAGUGCAGAGUUUUUACCUGAAGGGGGCGCAACACUGACAGCUUUAGGUAGAAUAUUUAAAUUUUAACUAAGAUGCACUUAAGUGCCAAAUUAUUAACUGCAUGUAUCUACAGCACGAUUAGACACACAUUUAUGAAGUUUGUCAGCAAAAAUAAAGUAGAUUUGCUCUUUAAGCAUCAACAAAGGAUCCUGUUAUUAAUGUUUAUGUUUAUUUAUUUGGCAGACGCUUUUAUCCAAAGCGACUUACAAUUUAUAACCUAUAGGGCAUGUUGUGAUCUGUGGGGGAAACCGGAGUACCCGGAGGAAAACCACGCAUGCACGGGGAGAACACGCAACUCCACGCAGAAAGGCCGCAGCCGAGUUUCGAACCUGCAACCUUCGUGCUGCGAGGCAACAGUGCUAACCACUGCGCCACCAUGCAGCCCAAAUAUUUCAAAUAUCAAUUAUUAAGUGUCUUUAAAGGUGUGGUUCACAAAAAACUCAUAUUUUAAUGAUUAUUUCUGAUUAUAAUCGGUCACUCUGAGUGUUUCAUGCAGGUGGAACAUGAAAAUAGUCUCCUACACCUGUCUCCUGCAUUAGCUUCUGAUAGAAAAUCGACGGUAAAACCAUGCCUGACAGAUGCACGUCCCAACGGAGAUGGCUGUUUUUGGUUUAGCGUCCAGGAAACAGCAGCUUGGCUACUUUAAGCUAAUGUUAGCAUUAGCAACUUCACCACACAGCAGAAGCUUCUCAGGCUUGUGUUGUAAAAAUAUGGAUAGAUAAAACAUCUACGUUGCAAGUCAGUGGUGGAGUCACGUUGCUGUUAUCCAAUCGGAGGUGAGAUGUCCAAAUAUCUGUCCCCCGAGAAGGACUUACAAGGCAUUCAUUCCUGCUAGAGACCACUGAAGAUGAUUAACCAAGUGAACCACUCCUUUAAGGUUAGGACAAAGGGCCAGGGGAUGGUGUCUGCUUCAUAAUGUAUUACUUAACAUUAAUUCUUUACUUAAUCAUUCAUUAAUGCUCAAUAAUGCACUAAGUAACAUUAAUUAGGGGACCUUUAUUUUUAGGUGUUACCAAACCCUUUUAUAUUUGUGUUUUAAAUUCUGUUUUUGGGUGAAGUGCUCACAUCCUCAUGGUUUCAUGGAAACGUCGUUAGGAGAAAGGAACUCCCGGAACUGCAGUGUAUGAAACGUGCCGACACAAGUUCAGAGAAAAGUCAAAAACGCCACAGGGACAGGCUCACGGGUGAUCCUUCAGUUUUAAAAAUCACUCCACACGUCUUUCAAAUUUUUCACACAUCAGGUCAUAAAUUAUACGUUUCACAGGCAUUGUCUUUGUAAUAAAAGAGCUUUUUUGUGUUUGCUGUAAGUUUUGAUAUAAAUGUAUUUUUAUUUAAGGUUGAA